GUAUUGUUUGAUGAGUGUGAAAGGAUGCUUCACUGAUUUUCAUAUUGAUUUUGGUGGCACUUCAGUGUGGUAUCACGUUUUCCGUGGGGGGAAGAUCUUCUGGCUCAUUCCGCCUACUCUGCAGAAUCUAGAACUUUAUGAAGAAUGGGUUCUCUCAGGAAAGCAAAGUGAUAUCUUUCUAGGAGACAGAGUGGAACGAUGCCAAAGAAUUGAGCUGAAACAAGGCUAUACAUUCUUCAUUCCUUCAGGGUGGAUACAUGCGGUUUAUACUCCAGUAGAUUCUCUGGUGUUUGGUGGAAAUAUCCUGCAUAGCUUUAAUGUUCCCAUGCAGCUUCGCAUCUAUGAAAUUGAGGACAGAACAAGGGUGCAUGCCAAAUUCCGUUAUCCUUUCUACUAUGAAAUGUGCUGGUAUGUUCUGGAGAGAUACGUGUCCUGUGUGACCCAGCGCUGCCACCUCAGCAAAGAGUACCAGAAAGAAUCAAUGAUAAUUGAUGCAAAAAGAAAACGCAGCACAGACAGCUAUUCAUCAGAUUCGUGGUUAGACAUGGAUGAAGAAUCUUGUGAUGCCCAUAUCCGGGAGGAGAAGGAUGACAGCUUGGACAAGAACUCCAAAUCCAUGGUGGAUGGCUCCUCCUCACCCAACAGCACACACUCAGAAGGGAAGGAGGGUGCAGGAAGAAAACAAAAAGCCACAGUAAUGAGAUAUCUAAAAAGAACUUUGUCUAAUGAGUCAGAUGACAGCGUAAAAUCAACAACCCCCAUGGACUAUCCCAAAACACCAACGGGGUCUCCAGCUACAGAAGUUUCAACCAAAUGGACUCACCUCACAGAAUUUGAACUGAAGGGUUUAAAAGCCCUGGUAGAAAAGCUUGAAUCUCUCCCAGAGAACAAGAAGUGUGUUCCAGAAGGCAUCGAAGAUCCGCAGGCUCUCCUAGAGGACAUGAAGCUCCUAACUAGCUGCGACUAUCUAGUGGGGGCACAGCAAUCCAGAAGUGCCAAGCCAAUGCCUCUGCAGAUGGAGAACCCAUUUAUCACCAUGAUCGAUGGAGUGCAGCAGCACAAGGGAGGCUUAUUUGCAGAGCAUAACGCGGGCCUCACUUGGGGAGCAGGUCAGUUCUUCCCUCAGCUCAAACAAGGGAUUAAAUUCUUGUCAGCUGCAGCUCUGCUGUAUGGGCACUGUAUCUGUGUUUACCACCAAAGGAGCUUCUCGGAGGCCUCCAAACAGCGAUUACUGACAGUGGCGUUCAGUCCGUGGCAGAUGGCAUCUGAACAAUCGGCCGAGGAGAUGCAAUACUCUCUGGAUCUAAAUGUCUGCGGCUGGGCUCUGUGUGAGCUGUAUGUGCAGCAAAUGUGA